UAAUCAUGCGACCAAUCGCAUCAUUCAGAUAGGAGCUCGUCAAUUAUUAGAUAUUCGGUUGCUACGAUUGUUCACGUAUUCAUUGUCUCAGGCGGGCUUCUCGUAGCUCCAAUUAUUGAUACUGGGUGCUGUAGAAUGACAAAUGUUGAUAAAAGAUUAACGCGACAGUAUCAUUUGAUCCUCCGAGAGAAAAACAUCUCUGCAUUAAGGACUCCACACCGGAGUCAAUGUGCAGAGGAGUGCUGUAAUUGAAUCAAUUCAACGAACGCCUUCCGUUGGUGAUUUCGCUUCUCUAAAGUGUUUGUGAUCAGUGAAGAAUUUACGAACGCUCCGUGUUGGUGAUGUUGACUUCAGAGUUCGAUAUACGGUGACUGUGUAUUGAAUUACAGGAUUUCAUGAUGUACAGAUCUUCAAUAUUUCCAUCGCUCUUGCUUGUGCUGACAUCUACAGCUCACACCUACGCUAAAGAGAUGACAGACAUAGAAGCACUGGCCUCGAAGCCCACGCGAUGUACCUACGAGUACGCCUUCGAGAUGUACGGGGCUCACUGCGGUGGUCUCAGACUGUCCAAAAUACCGAGCCUCAGGGGUGGUAUUGAGAUCCUUGACUUCAGCGACAACAAACUACAAGAAAUACACGCCGACACGCUGUCGUCGUAUUCCAGUAUAAAAUUCUUGUACUUGUCCGAAAAUCAAAUCUAUUCCAUCCAUAAAGACGCUUUCGCGUAUCUCACUAAUCUCCAGACUCUUGAUCUCUCUAAAAAUGUUAUACUCGAGCUAACAGACGCUAUAUUUCAACUGCCGUCUUUACGAAAGUUAUACCUUAACGGAAAUCCGUUAUUACAUUUAAGUUUGAGCAGUAUGGAAAUAAGCAAGCCGAUCAAAGCUCCAUUAGAACUGUUAGAUUUGUCCGAUUGCAAAAUAAAAGUGUUACCAGAUUUUGGUAUUCUUCCGCAAUUGGUUUUAUACAACAUCUCUCACAAUCCUCUGAUAACGCUAGACGCACAAGCCUUCAGUUCCAUGUGUAAGCUGACGAAGGUGGAUUUAUCAGAAUCCAUUGAAAAAAUCAAGCUCUGUGAUUUGAAGAUGAGCAUAAUGUGGUUCCAAGAACGAAAGAUCUAUUUUCAAUUAGCUGACUAUUCGCAGCUGAAUUCUAGAGAAUUUGAAAAUUGUCCGAAGUUUAACAUUCCCGACAGAUUCAAUACUAGUUACCACAAAUGCGAAAAUGCAUAUACCGAGAUACAAAGCGUGAAUACAUCUCGUCGCACCUGGUUGACUAUCGCUGGCGGUCUGUUCGGCUUCCUCGUCGGCUUCGUGCUACUGCUGUACAUAAUGCAUCGACAUAAUGUUGCGCAGACCAAGAAGACUAGUAAAGCCAUCCACUCGGCCCCGCCGUCCGAUGUAGACAAGAAUGCAACUGCCAUACUACUAAACAAUGCAUCGUAGCUCUAGCUAUAGCUUUAUUUUAAGAUUAAGUUAACUAGUAGGUAGGCGUUAAGCCCAGCGUCCAUUAAAUCGCCAAAUCGAAUCGCAUUAAUUUGCCCUUAUACAUUUCCUUUGAAGUUUGAACCUAUAUAAUAUGUGACUGAAUUUCAACUCUAAAGCCUCAAUAGCUCAACGGUUAAGGGAGCGGACAGACAUCGGAAAGGUCGGCGGUUCAAACUCCAACCGUUGCAACAAACUAUUGGAUGCCAGGCUCGACAGGCUUGUGGCUGGGUAUUUUUACUAUCGAACGACUGUUCGUGGCCGUCUAGAUACUUUUUAAAAAUCCACCAACAUGUUUUCCAAAGCAUCAGUUGGCUACAUAGACUGGCUUUGAGACAAUCAGCUGUUUUCCUGGCACAUUAAACCUGAUUAACUAGGAGUCAUUUAAUUCAAAUACUAAUACCAUAAAUUAUUUGCUUUUAAAAUUAUUAUAACUCUUAUCUAUAAUUAUUUCUAUAUUUUUUUCAAUCUAAAAUCAAUCGUCAAAUAAUAUAUUUAUCUAAGUUAAAGUUUACUUGAAGAUUGAAAGAUCUGCCAUAAGACAUUUAAUUAAAAUAAUAGGCUAUACAAAGGCUGACUAGGAUUACUAAUUUUAUAAUGACUAAGAGUAGGGGUGCCUUGGUGUGAUAUCUGUAUAUACCUAUCUUGGUUCUUAUACGUAUAUCGUACUUCAGGUAAGGUACGUACUCAUGCAGGCGGCCCUCGAAUACUAGUGAAAUAUAGUAUGCCAGGUUUUUUUGCUGUGCAAAAACACAAACGGCAUGCUAACGCUGCGUGCACUGCCGUCCUUUACUUAUAUAAAAAGCCGUUAACUGUAAAAAAAAAAUGAUUGCAGAUUUUCAAAAUCUAAUGUUUUAAAAAAAUGCUACGAUGUUUAGGUAGUUUUCAGUUUGGUUCUACGUAGCAAUUUUUUUUAGAAACAUCAGUUUUCCUAAAAUCCCAUAUUUUUGAGUAUUUUUUGCAGUUAACCGCUUUUUAAACUAUAUGUAUAGGAGAUAGGAAGGCAGUGCGGUAUAGAGUACCUAUGCAGCGUGUUGGCAGGUGAUGGCCAAUUUCUUGAAUGCUCUGAAGUGGUGAUGUAACCAUCUAAGUAUUAUGCAAACAAGAACUUCAGAGCAUUCAAGAAAUUUGGCGUCACCUACAUAUGUUGGUUUCACACACACCAAGGAACCUUUGUCUUAGUCGACAACUUUUUAAUGGCAGAUAUGCAUGAAAGCACGUGUGGAUUCCAAGAUACCAAAUAAUUAGUAGAGGUAUUUUUUUAAGAUAGAUAAGUUACUAGUUAUACACUGUACUACAAAACUUCAUAUCUAAGAAGACCGUCAAUUGCAAAAAAUAGUUUCGAGUAAUCUCCAAAAACGUGAGAAUUUUUAAAAAUCAAUAAGUUCUGAAAAAAUGCUAACAAGGACCAAGGUUUUUAGGUUUUCAGUUUGGUCCGAUGUAAAAAACUUUUAUAGAUAUCUACAUUACUUUUUCCAGAUUCCCAAAUUUUGACGAUAACUGUUAAAAUUACUUUUUUCAGUUAACAGCUUUCUAGAUAUAGGACAGCAGAAAAUAUGAACCUAAAUACAAUAAGAACAGCAACCUGUGGGGUUGUUUCGUUACGUAGACGCUCUGACCACACGCUCCGUCUUGUCUGAGACAAGUCAGUUUGCUCAGUGCGUGCGUGUGGACACCAAGACGGUAUCCCGCGCAGUUCCAAAAGCUGCAAAAAAUUAUACAGGUCGAUCUUCCCUACGCAGUUAAAACUGCUCAGCCAAGACGGAGCGUGUAGCCGGAGCAUAAAAGUCGUUUCGCUUCAACUGCCUUUGAUAAGGCAGAAAUAAA